UGUCGGAGCCUCGGGUGUCAGAAGAGCGUCACCAGCAUCACAACCUGCAGACGGGCUUUAUUCAUAUCUAUGGGCUUUAGUGUAAAGUCCAUCCAGGAAGUUGCCGCUACGCCGCGCGCUGAGUCAAGUUUGUUUGUGCACGAGCUCAACAUCACAAACACCUCGCGAGCUCAACGAGGCGCGAGCCCGUGAAAAAGUAAGAACAAGCAGCGAUGUUUAGCUUCAGCUUUUAGCUUCAGACGGUAAAACAAAACAGUCAGCGACAUGUCAAAGUACGUAAAGUGUGAAGAAUCAGAGACGAAGUGUGUGAUUAACAGCAGGUAUGACACAUGUGACUGGGAUUCAUCUGUUCAUUCGUUAUCCAUAAGAGUAGAAUAUCGUAGGUCACUUGAGUAUCAUCUGAGGUGGAAAACAUCCAUGUGUCCCCAACGCUCCAUCAGACGACCAAAGUCCUCCGAGAGGAGACCUCAGAAAAGCCCUGUGUCAAAUGAAGAUGUUAUUCAGCGUCGGCUGAAGAAUCAGAGACUGAGGACGUUGCAGAGGAAGGCUGAAGCUGAAGACAGCAGGGUUGAUCCAGAUGAUUGGAGGCAGUGUGAUAUCAUCGACGUCAUCAGCUGCACUCAUGAUGCCAAACACGUUGCCAUGGAGACGACAGAAGGGCAGAAGCCCGUAGAGAUAACCGACAAAGGAUUGACGGAGUCAGAUGACGACUGUGUCUCUGUUUGCAGCAGCAUUGCUUCUGGUCCUUCCCUCCUACAUCAUGUCACCCCUAAGAAACCAAGGCUUCCUCAGAACCUGUGCUCAGCCUGUAGGAAGCUCUAUCAGAAAGCCAAGAGAACAAAAGCACCAAUCAAAAGCAAACUUCUAGAUAUCGAUCCCAAGUCCCUGACAUGUGACCAGUGGGUUCUGAUCAAAAGCUGGACACCCAGAGGGUUGACCAAUGUGAGCGGGAAGCUUUUGUGCCAUGUACACCUGAAAAAGGAGGUUCGUGUGAGAGAGGGAGAAUCCUCAGGCUGCUCAAGGCCACACGCUUUCCUUCAGAGGAACCUUAGACGGUGUGUCAAAGUCGCAAAGAAAAAUCAGAAGAAGCGAAAUGGAAGAAAAAGGAGACGAAAUAACAGUCAGGGUUCCCGUGCUGCUAAGCAGCAGCGUCUCCACAGCAACAAUCACCGACGACACUCCAGGUCCUCUCUAGUAUGAAUGAUGAGUCUGGUUUUGAGGGUCUUGGGCCUCGAGAAACCAACGGUCAGUCAAGCACCUGAUCUGGCUAAGGAGUUGAUUCCCUGUUCGGUGGUCCUGGAAAACAUCAAGCCAACAGAGAUCACACUCAGAAAGAAAAGACUAAACCCAGCCGGUAGAUUCAGAGACCUGCUCACUCAGCUGCAGAGCAACAGGAGCAUGAUCGUCAGAGAGACACGAUAGGAGGGCACACAGGAAUGUUUGGUUUUUUUUAAAUCUACUGUUACAGCUGAAGAAUUCUAGUUUGGAUGAAGCCUGAAGUUUGUUUUUUUUGUUAAACUUGGUUAUUCUGUUGGGGCCUUAUACCUGGAGUUUAUUGACCAAGUACUAAUGCAUUUCCAUGCCUCCAUGUUUAGUUGUUCUUGUAUUUUGAAGUAGGAAUUAUUUAAAAUUGUUUGCAACAGGACACCUAUGAAUAAAUGUGUUCCGUGUUUUA